UUUUUUUUUUUUUUUGUGUCGUGACAUAAAAAUAUAUCGGCAUCGUCCCAAACCAAAGAUAGAAAUAUUAAGUCAAAACGUUUUAGAUAUUAUUGCUUAGUUGGGUGGUGUGUACGGAAAAGUCAGUUCACCUCUCGAAGUGCAUUGCUGCUGCUCUCGUGUAUAUUCUUCUAUAGUGAACCAUCUCUCAUCAGAGUGCCUUACUACUCUACUAAACUCAGUGUUUAACUAGCAUCUCUUUGUUUUUUUUUUGAAUGAUCUUUUGACCUAAAAUUCGACCUUUUUUAAAAGAUUACAUAAAAAUACUUCUAUAGUGCUUCUAUAGUGAUCCGCUAAUGAUUUUUUGAUUGCAAUCGACAAUUUAAGUGGCAUUUUUUUUUUUUUUGAAACGCCACACCAAAAGUGUAAAAAAUUUUAAACAAAAAAAAAAAAAAGUAAAAAUUUGACGAAAAAAUCAAAAUUUUGAUCGAAAAAUGUCGAAAUCACCUCACAUGGAUGACGCGCUGUUUGUGCGACAAGCGCGCCCUUUCCACCUUGGCAGAUUCCUUUAUAAUGCAGAGGAGGGAACUGUCAUGAACCGUGACCGAACUUCCUGGGCAAAAAUUGGCAUUUUCUAUUUUAUAUUCUAUGGAGUUUUAGCUGCGCUUGUUGCCAUCUGCAUGUGGGUAUUCCAUCAAACUUUAGAUUUAACUGAACCAAAAUGGAAACUCGAAGAAUCAAUAAUUGGAACAAAUCCAGGUCUUGGUUUUAGACCAUUACCCCCAGAGGAAAAUGUAGAGAGCACAUUAAUUUGGUACAAAGGCACUCAAUAUGAAAACUACAAACACUGGACAGAUUCGCUUAAUGAAUUCUUAGAAGUUUACAAAGUACCUGGUCUUAAGCCUGGACGAGGUGAAAAUAUUUUCAACUGUGAUUACAAUCGACCACCGCCACCUGGACAUGUUUGUGAUGUUGAUAUCAAAAGCUGGGAUCCAUGCACCAAAGAAAACAAUUACAGCUACCACAAAAGUGCGCCAUGUGUCUUUUUGAAGCUAAACAAAAUUUUCGGUUGGAUUCCGGAAUUCUAUAAUACAACAAAUCAAUUACCCCAAAAGAUGCCAGAGAACUUAAAAACUUAUAUAGGAGAAAUUGAAAAAGCUGAUGCUAAAAAGAUGAAUACAAUUUGGGUAUCAUGUGAGGGUGAAAAUCCAGCUGAUCAAGAAAAUAUUGGUCCAGUUGAUUAUCAUCCGAUGCGAGGCUUUCCUGGAUUCUUUUAUCCAUACACAAAUGCCAAGGGCUAUCUGAGUCCUCUUGUAGCUGUGCAUUUCCAGCGACCAAAGCGAGGAAUCAUCAUCAACAUCGAAUGUAAGGCAUGGGCCAAAAAUAUAUUAUACGAUCGCAAAGAAAGAAUGGGAUCUGUACACUUUGAACUUCUAAUUGAUUAAUACCAAAAUAACAACAACAAUAAUAAUAAGUUUUAAUUUUUCCCAUCAGACUUGAGAGUUUCAAAAACAAAAAAAAAAACAAAAAAUCGUGAAUGCUUCUUUCUAUAAAUAAAAAAAUGUAUUUUAUAUAAUAAUCUAUGUAGAAAUCUCCUCCUGCCUCUUCACAUUAUUUCUCUGUCCAUUGCAGAAUCUUUAUUAUUAUAAAUAUUAAUUCUAAAUCAAAAAUCAAACAAAAUAACAAAAAAAAAUUAAAAUUGACAAAAAAAAAAAAAAGAAAAAAACGGACCAAACAAAAAAUCUUUUGCUCUUUUAAAAAAACAAUUUUUUAUAUAAAUAUUUAUGCACAUUAAAUAAAAUAGCAAAAUAGAAAAAAACAUUUUUACAAAUGUAUUUAUGUAUACUUGUAGCUAUUUUACACAUUUUGAAUAAAAUUUUACAAAUUUUUAUCCACAUCAUCCUCCGAAAUACAAUAUUUCUCAAAUAAAAUAAAAUAUUAAAUAUUUAUUAUAUUUAUUAACUGCAAAUCAAAGCGAAUCCCGAAUCUCGAAUAUUUAAAAAAUAAAAUUUAAAUAAAUUAUAAAAAAAAAAAAGAAUUUAAGAAGAACACUAAGAAAAAUAUUAUAUUAUAUUUAUUGCUUAUUAGUUUAUUACAACUUAACUGCCAUUAAAAUGAACCGAACAACAACAACAAAAAAUAAAUAAAUUCAAGUGCAGAUUUUUUUUUUUUUUUUUAAUUUAACAACAAUUUCUCUCCUUUCACUAGACGAAACAGAAAAAAUAAAGUAAAACAGUUUAAGUUAGAUAUUGUAUCUUUAUCCAGAGAAUUUUAAUAUAAAUUAUUUAUUCUUUUAUUUUUUGGUAAUUUUUUGUUUAAGUUUUAAUUUUUUUUUCUUUUAAUUUAAGAAA